GGGUGUCCUGUGAAGAGGGGAUAGUUACCCCCUUUUCGUGAGACACAUAAGAAACCAUUGAUUCCAGCUCUGAGACCACCACCCCCUUUCUCCAGCCCCUGGGGGAGGGAGGGAGUCUUUAAUAAUGGUGUAAGCUGAUGCCCAGGCUGCAGUGUGUGGUGGAGGAGACCUGGGAGGGAGAGGAUACAAGCCCGGGGUCUGGUGCUGCAAUCACAGGGUGCCUGGGGGUGAUGGCUCUCCUGGGGCACAGGGUGAGGAGGCUCCUGGACGUGGAAGCUUUGAGAGGCUGCAGGAGAGGAGUGCACAGGCUCCCCGGGAUGUGGGCUGCCGGCCAGGCUGUACGGCAGGAGGUGGGGGGUGAGGGGAGACUUACCCGGGGCAGAUCUGGAGAAGGGGCGAGGAGGGCAGCACUGGCCAAAAGUCUGAAGGAGAUGCCGGGUCCCAGCACCCUCACCAACCUGACAGAGUUCUUCUGGAGGGACGGGUUCAGCCGCAUCCAUGAGAUACAGCAGAAACACACGCGUGAAUACGGGCGGAUAUUCAAGUCUCACUUUGGUCCUCAGUUUGUGGUUUCCAUUGCUGACCGAGACAUGAUUGCUCAGGUUCUUCGUGCUGAGAGAGAAGCCCCUCAAAGAGCUAACAUGGAGUCUUGGCAGGAGUACAGAGACCUGAGAGGACGGUCCACUGGUCUCAUAUCUGCGGAAGGAAUGAAAUGGCUUUCCAUGCGUAGUGUUCUGAGGCAGAAAAUCCUGAGACCCAAAGAUGUGGUUAUGUUCUCUGGAGGAGUGAAUGAAGUCAUUGUUGACUUGAUCAAAAGGAUCCACGUCCUCCGUAGCGGAGAAGAGGAUGGAGAGACUGUGGUCAAUGUGAAUGACCUCUACUUCAAAUACUCCAUGGAAGCUGUGGCUACCAUACUGUACGAAUGGCGACUGGGAUGUCUGGAUAACGAGGUUCCAAAGAAGACAAAGGAAUACAUAGAAGCCCUAGAGCUGAUGUUUAGUAUGUUUAAGACGACAAUGUAUGCUGGAGCCAUCCCUAAGUGGCUGCGACCAUUCAUUCCAAAGCCCUGGGAAGAGUUUUGCAGAUCCUGGGACGGACUCUUCAAAUUUAGUCAAAUCCACGUGGACAACAAGCUGAAGGACAUUGAAUCACGUCUGGAGAAGGGAGAGGAGGUACAGGGAGGUCUCCUGACAUCACUACUGAUCAGCAAGGAGCUGUCAUUGGAGGAGUUAUAUGCCAAUAUGACCGAAAUGCUUCUUGCAGGAGUAGAUACGACUUCUUUUACUCUGUCAUGGGCCACCUACCUUCUUGCCAAAAAUCCCCAGAUCCAGGAGACUGUCUACAAUGAAAUUGUUAAGAACCUGGGAAAGGACACUGUGCCCACUGCGGAGGAUGUCCCGAAGCUGCCUUUAGUUAGGGCAGUUCUGAAGGAGACCCUGAGGUUGUUUCCCGUUUUGCCAGGGAACGGUCGUGUAACCCAAGAUGAUUUGGUUGUGGGAGGAUAUUUGAUUCCCAAAGGGACUCAGCUGGCCUUGUGUCAUUACUCUACAUCGUACGAUGAAGACUACUUUUUGGCGGCAGAUGAUUUCCGGCCUGGUCGCUGGUUACGGCAUGGACACCUGGACCGUGUAGAAAAUUUUGGCUCCAUUCCCUUUGGAUACGGAAUCCGCAGCUGUAUUGGGAGGAGGAUCGCAGAACUGGAGAUUCACCUGGCGCUUAUUCAGUUGCUACAGAAAUUUGAGCUCAAGACUUCCCCUAAGACACAAACUGUUUUACCAAAAACGCACGGAUUGCUCUGUCCAGCCGGAGUCAUCAGUGUGCGCUUCACAGACCGUGUGUAAGGCCAUAAUGCUGGAGCUGACGGAGGCUUAACUCACGGCCAUUAUGCCCACUUCUACCGGAGGACCACAAUCUUAUGAUUUUGUUUUCUGACUGUUUUAAAUGUCUGCUCUGUUGGGAGUGGUGUAAAAUCUUUUACCUGUAUAAAUUAGAUUUCUACGUACACCAUGAAAUGCAACAACCUACCUUGCACUUUUCUUGUACUGUAUGGAUUGGAGAUGGAGAGAUACUGUAGUAGCAGAUACCUGAUGGGAGGGACUUCUGUAUGUGGCAUCUAAGGAGUCGGUUUGCAUUUUCUUACUGUAGCUAAGACUUCUGGAUAUAACAUGCCGUUGUAUGUAGGUGGGGGUGCAUUGAAAGUAUGACCCCUUAGAUUGGGAACUUCCUUUUAGGUGGAAAUUAGACGAACAACUAAUUUCAAACAGAUAUCCCCACUGGAUUUGGAGUCUGUUUGUAACAACCAGAAAAUGCAUUUCCAUGAAGUGCUGUUAGUUUCUUGUAUUUCCUGACCGUGUAGCUGGAAUGAUCUAGAAUUAAAUUGACCAAAAUCAGCACAACAAAAAUCUGAAAUUGUUACUGGGAUUAAAAUGCACAUUUUGGCAUUGUUAAUGAAUUUAUUACCCCAACCAAGAGACUAAGUGGUACUAUUACAUACUAAAACAAACAAACGGCUCUGUUUAUAAUGAUGCCAUAUAAGGACUCAACUAUAUGAUGUGGCAAUUGGUGUUUUUUUUUCUGUUUUCAUAUUCCUUUUUCUGACUUUAAUGGAGUUUUAACACCUUUUGUGGGAGCUUUUGCUUUGUAUUUCUGGCUUCUGCUGUGUUUUUCACCAAAGCCAUUAUAUGAUCUAUUCAGAGUUGUCACAACACCAUUGCUCUGGAUAGUUUAUAUACUGAUGCAUGUAGAUCUUUUUACUAUAACUAGAUGCUACACAGCUGUGACUUUCUGCCUUCUGGAUUAAAGGUUUUUCAAUCCUGUAA